AUGGGUUCCCCAGAUGUCGAAAAGCCGGACGGCUUGACCGCCGCUGUCAAGAUCCCUCAACUAAGCCCCGAUCCGCUUACCGGCCCCAUUCCGGCGGCGGCAGCCCCUCUUCGACCCGUGGCUGCAGCAGAUGACGAGGUGAUGGAGAUGCCAACAUGGAAGAAAUGGGUAACGCUUGCGGUGGUUUGCUGGAUGGCCCUGCCCGUCACCUUCUCUGGUAGCUCCAUCUUGACAGCGACUUCCGAGGUUGCUGCCGACUUCAACGUCUCAACGCAUGCCAUUACCACAGCUAAUGCUGGCGUCUUCAUUGCCAUGGCUAUGUCUGCCUUGAUAUGGCUACCGACGAGUAAUAUCCUUGGUCGCAGAACAACUUAUCUCGUAGCCAACUGCCUCUUGACCUUGUGUUCGAUAGGAUCGGCGCUCUCAAAUAGCUUUGCCUGCUUCACAGCGAUUUGGGUCAUCGGAGGAACAACUGGUCCAUUCUUCCUCGUUGCAGGGCAAACCAUCUUGGCAGAUAUCUUUGAGCCUACAACUCGCGGAACUGCAGUGGGUUGUUUCUUGGGCAGCUGUGUGGCGGCAAACGCAAUUGCGCCGCUGACGGGAGCCGUCAUCGUGACCUUCACCAGUUGGCGAGUCAUCUAUGGGGUCCAGGCUGGCAUGACCUUUCUCGGUCUCAUCAUGGCCUUCUUCUUCGUGCCAAAAGCGAGCCAGCUGGCGCAUCUCAAAAUCGCCGUAGCAGAGAGAGCUCCUAUUCGGUCUUUGGGUGACUUGGCCCACGCGUUCAAUCCGAUGGGCGUUCUCCGCCAGUUCAAGUAUCCCAACAUCGUUGCGGCGAAUUUCGCCUGUGGACUCCUGGGAUUCAACCAGUACGGCCUUUUGAGUUCCAUACGACGAGUCAUCAACCCUCGGUUCGGCCUUACUACGCCUCUUAUCAGUGGACUUUUCUAUCUUGCCCCCGGAGCGGGCUUUCUAAUGGGAAGCACGAUCGGCGGCAGAGUCUCAGACCACACCGUUAAGCGAUACAUCCGGAAGCGUAAUGGUCUCCGUUUGCCCCAGGAUAGACUCAAGAGCAGCUUGCCAGCAAUUUUCUUCGUUCUCCCUGCCGGUACUCUGAUUUACGGGUGGAGCGUGCAAAAGGAAGUCGGCGGAAUCGCUUUGCCCAUCGUCAGCUGCUUCUUUGAGGGUCUCGGCCUCAUGUGGUCUUUUAGCGGUCUGAACACAUACUCCGCCGAGGCAAUGCCGGAACGCAGGACAGCUGUCAUCAGUAGUAAAUACAUCGUUCAGUACAGCUUCGGAGCUGGCAGCGUGGGCGGUCUGGUGCCAAUGAUCGACGCCAUUGGGGUCGGCUGGUCUUUCACCAUCACGGUAGCAACCGUGGGGAAACUGAAACCUGAGAUUCGUCUGGCUCAAACCAUCUCAGAAUUCAGCGUUUCUCUCAAGCGCCAUCAAGAUGACUCUCACAUCCGCUUCAAGAACUUGCAGACAAGAAGUCCACCAACCGCCAUGGGAGUUUUGCAAUUAACAGAAGAGAUCAAUCGAGAUGGGGCUCACCGUCACCGGUCUUGGAGGCCCAACGCCACCCGUCUCGUCACUGUCUUGGAGAGAAUUCGUCAAUUCGCCCCUAUUGGCGACGUCCUUGUUGGAGGCGCCCAAAACCUCUUGGCGUCUGGGGUUUGGGCCACGGUCAGGAUGACUCUGGAGAUAUCACUGAGCUUCCUGUCAUAUUUCGACAAAGUUUCAACUCUUCUGAUGAGGAUUGGUAAAUCGUCUUCUCUCCACAAGGAUUUCGCCUUGCUUUUUCCCACCUGUCGCCAGACUCAGGCGUACAUGUGCGAGUAUGUCAUUGUUUUCAUCAAAAUAUGCAAAAAGAUCACCAUCGACGCCCAUAAAUCAUUUGCGGCUCACCUCGCAACGUCUUUCACUUCCACCUUCGACUCGGUCUUCAAACCACUGGAAGACGACUUGCGAUCAUGGGGUCAGUUGAUUGAAAAUCGCGUAGCAGUACUCGUUGCAAAGGCCAAUGUUGAAAGCAACUCAUCUUCUAUUGAGAGAUUCAGCCGGUUCCAGGUUAUGAUUUCCCGCGAUGCCGCUCAUCGGGACCGAGAAACGCGUGCGCAUCGACUUUUUGAAGCCUUGGCUCCCAAUCAGAAGGAGUUCGAGUCCAUUUGGACGAGGGAGCGAAAGAAGGGGACCUCUAGUUGGAUCCUAAUCGACAAGAGCUACCAAGAGUGGCUGGGCACAAAGACUUCAGCAACGUUGUGGCUGCAGGGUAAUUUGGGGUCUGGAAAGACUGUCACCAUGGCCUCCGUGGUGGCAGAUUGUUUGAUCGCACAUAAAAAUCCUGCUGAGAACCACAAUAUCCUCGGCAGCAUUGUACAUCAAGUUUUGAGAAAUUCGUCUCUGGCCCGAUUCCUGGACAACUUUUUAGACGAACACGAAAUGAAGCAUCAAGUAUUCCAUGCCGAGUUUUGUAUUGACCUCUUGCUCUCCAUAACACCACCAGUCUGGCAAUGUAUACUGGUCCUGGAUGGCUUGGACGAAGCUCCUCUGGAAGAGGUGGAAUCAGUUUUCGGUCAACUUCAUCGACUUAUGCAAUUCAGACGAGUCAAACUGUGUUGCUCUUCCCGACCCACAUCUAGAUGCAAAUCCGUUGCAGCGUCGUCAAUUGGUAUCACCCAAACUAUUUCUUUCGAAAGUGUCGACAGAUCCGAAGACCUGGAAAGUUACAUAUCGGCCGAGGUCGAAAACUGGAAGCUCAUCAGGUCAAUAUCAAGCAGGCUCGAACAGCUGGUCAAGGAACAGCUACUAGUGCGUUCUCAGGGCAUGUUUCUGUGGCUCUCACUGCAGAUUGAGGCCAUUUGCCCCAAGUACACUCGAGAACUUCGUUCUGAGUCUGAAAUUCUCGACAUCAUCAACAAUCUUCCCCGAAAUCUUCCACAGGCGUUUGAUCAAGCAAUUUUAAGAACCCCGGACAUGAAGUACGGAUCGCGAGUUUUCCAGCUUAUCGCGUCAGCAGACCCAUGCCUUUCACUGGAUGAGCUUCGUGUGGCUCUGAACGUCCAACCCGGAUCCUCGAUCUGGAGUUCCUCAACUCUGCAUCCCUCCGGAUUCACUUUGGCCUCGACAUAUGGUGGCAGCCUAUUGGAGAUUGAUGAGGAGGACUCAUGUAUCAGGUUCAUUCAUCACAGUGUCCUGUUACACCUCGUUCAAGCCCCGGCGUUGCCUGCAGCUUCUCCUUACCACUUUCAUCUGCAUCAAGCAGAGUUUGAACUCGGUGCCAUCUGUGUCACUUAUCUCAACUAUGGGGUAUUCGAGAAUAGCAUGUCACAUGCCCAGAAUGUUUCGUUUGACAAGAUUCCUGGUACUGUGGCAAACUCGAUCUUAAGUCCAAAUGCCCUGACAAGAAGACUCAUUUCCCUUAUGUCCCUCGACAGGCGAGCUAGAGCUUCCAACGUAGAUCUAGAGCGAUUGAACUAUGACCUACACCAGUAUCGAUCAGAAAUCCAAGACGACAUCCAUCUGUUCCUCCCUUAUGCCAGCAAACACUGGCUCAGACUUACCAAGUGUUUCUCCGAGGCUAUCGACCCAUUGAUUUAUUCACUCUGGGAGAAUUUGGUGUCCGGUUCUGUAUCGUCCGCAUCAUCCAGCCUCCCUUGGUCUCCAGGCUCCGUGGCCAGUGCAACGAAAUGGUCCCUCUACAACCGUCACGGACCAUUGUUCCGACAUCUAUUGGGUAGCUCCGACGCCGUCGUCGUCAAGGAAGUCCUUCGGAUUACACUCACAGUGAUCAAACAGUAUAAAGUGGACCUGGAAACAUCAACAGCGGAGGCCUACCCCAUAAUCUCAAGACUAAAUGAACUACACCACCACUACCUACGCCACGAGUUCUUCCUAUCGGGAGAAGACGCUGGGCUCCUGGUCCCCACGUACCUACUACAUAUGGGUCUCGAUGUAACAGUGCUCAAUUCUUUAGUCGAAAUGGAAUGCCUGCCUUUUGGCACCGGCGAUAAAUAUUGCCAGUUUAAAGACCCAGUUGCCGUCGAAAUGGCUCUCAGUACCAUCGCCCGACAUGGGAUACCAAGAGUUCUACUUUUCCUUCAACAAGAAAGUCAAGAGGAAGCGGAAAGGGACAGAUGCAUCAAAUCUGCGCUACUUCUUGCGCACUAUCUUCCCAGCAUUGAUACUACCCUUAGCAAUGGUUCCACCAUUUUACAUACCGCUAUCAAGUAUGGAUUUGAGGACCUUGCAGAAACACUGCUCAAAGACCGAGGAGCAGAUCCAGACGGCGCCCGUCUCCAGGGCAUCUCCAGCCCCUUGCAGCUGUGUCUUCAAAAGAAGUUCAGGCACCUAGCUGUAAUACUGACCCAAAUGGGGGCUGACAUCAUCGCGACGCCAGACAACGGCCUUCCUCCAUUCUUUCUAGCCAUGGGUUUACGUGAUUUGCGGCUUUUUGAUGCAAUGUGGCACGGAAAUCCCCAUCGAUCAUCGCGCCAAUACGGUCCAAAGAAAGAAACAGCGUUCCAAUUUGCGUGCAGGGUCUACUGCGAUCCGAUUAGCAAAGACUAUCCAGACAUCUCAGAUGCUCUCGAUAACAUCCUCGCCAAGGACCCCGACGUGAACCGUCCCAACGGUGACGGUGAAACCCCGCUGAUGAUCACUGCCAUGACGGGCAAUCUUGAGUUGAUGGUACGACUCUUAGAUCAAGGGGCGGAUCCAACACUUGCGGGUGUUAAUGGGGCAACGCCUCUUCAUCUGGCAGUGGGGGAUACAGUUGCAAAGCUGCUUGAGGUUGGUGUUGACCCGAACAAGGUGACGCCUGAUGGCGUAUCACCGCUCAUGGUGGCCUCACUCCUAGGCGACAUUGCUGCUGUCAAGAUCCUCAUUCACGGUGGUGCGCUGCGUUUCCAGGCUGUCGCUGGUGCGGGGCCUCUGUCAGAGGGUGGAAAGGCACUCUUCAGAAUGUCAAAGAGAUACCCGAGAUUCUACGACGCGGAAAGCUCUACUCGCAAUGCAACAAUAGACAAGAUCGAGGCAGGUGAUACAGCCCUCUCACUCGCCAUAGCUCGGCUGGAGUUUAUGACUGGCGAUAAGGAGCAAAUCAGUCGUCUACGUCAGAUUGUGAAGGACACUGUCAAUAAGGAUUCCCAGAACAAAGUCAGGGCAAAGGUCACGCAUAUCACGGAACGAUGGGAUGACUUCGAGACGAUUGUGCUUGAAUUGCUCUCACGGAAGCAUGGCGCAGUGCUUUGGCCAGAGAGGGAAGCUAUCACGCGCCGGUACCGACACACACAUUGCUGGCAAACAAUCUUAGUCGCGACCCGUUGA